AUGUAUUACCAACCUCUGCCAUGGCUGACCAUAGACCGGCUCACAAGUGGCCGAGACAUUCGCCUCUCGACCGCGACCAUGAGAGCACUCGACUCGCGACGCCCACAGCUAACGAGUACCUUCCAUCUCUUCCCUCGACCUUUCUUCUGCCUGCUGUUUCUUCUGUUCCUUCUUCACGCUGGUCAACCACGCAGUGUGCCACGCGAUGAGGAGAACCUGGACCAGCCGGCGGCCAAGUUAUCGACAGAUGAAAAGAACGGUAACGUCGACGAUGUAAAUUCUGAGAAGAUCGAAGUCGACGAUCCGCUGGAACGAGUGCAAGGAAAACUUGUGGAUUACAAGGACCUCGAAGUGGGAAAUCAAGAGGAAGCGUCGGAGGACUCGAAGAAAAUCGACGAGAAAGUUGCGGAGUCGGUGGAUAAAGUAAGAAGCGGCUAUCAGGAGGACGAUUUAGCAUCUGAUCAGCAGGUACCCGUUGGGAAAAGAGGGGACGAGGAGGAAAAGAAGAUAGACGCGACGAAUGUGGUCGGAGCGAGUAUCAGGGGUAGCGAGGUGUUAAAGCAAGAAGACGAGGAAGCUGGUGUGGUGAAGAAGCGGAGAAGAAAUGACGUUGCUCUCAUCGGUAAAAGUGAGGUCCACGAAGGUGCUGGAAUUCGGGCCGAACAGAUCGGGGAUGCGAAAGACGAAGGGAUUAGAAGAUUCGAUAAAUCGAAGGAAAUAAUUCCGAAUUAUUUUCGAAAAUCAGGAAAGCUCGAAGAUGAGAAUUCGAGAAACGACGAGGACGUAUCAUCGAACGAGAAGAACGAAAAGAACACAUCGUCGAACGAAAGUUCGGAAUCCGAAGAAAACAAAGAGUCUCUCGCGAACAGGGGGUAUAGAUCUUUACUCGAAUCACAAGUUAAAUCGAAACAUAAAAGUUCCACGAUCUAUCUGAACGCAGAGGAGAAAAAAGUAUCGGAUGGAGAACAGCAGUCGAUCGUGGACGGACAGAUAAAGAAAUUAAUAUCUAUUCGCGACGACGCGUUGGAUGCUCAGAAGACGGACAAGAUAGACGAGGCUAAAUUCUUGAAUCUCAAACGGGAAAUCGGAAUGGACGAAAUAAACGUAUUUGACUUGUUUCAGGGUAACAGGCAAAAGUUAGGCAGAGCUCAAGAUCUCCAUCGAAUCAGACUUCUUACUCCAGAUUCCGUGGUAUACAACAUCCUACAAGAUGCUCUGGAAUCGUACCCCAAUGACGAAACGCUGGUCUCUUAUAUCGAUCCGAAAAAUGAUACUCUUAAGAAAUUCUUGACUUCUGACCAGUUGAAUAUCCUUCAGAUGGCUGAGAAAUUUUUGCCACAAGCUUUACGUCAAGAGUACUCCGAUAAAAUGUUCUCCUGCGUUAGGAGAUUCGAGUAUUUCAGUUGCGUCAAGUACUUCGCUUGGCCACUGAUCAAACAAUACUUCCCAGCUUUACCUGCUUUUCCAGAUUAUCAAAGCUGGUAUCCCAUUAUCGAUCUCUUUCCACAGUAUCCCAUAUUUCCUUUCCCCAGCUUUUCCGAAGAAAUUGGCGAGCUGCCAGAGGUUGUGGACGCCGAUGCUACUAGAACCAGGAAGCCUAGACCUGAGGCGUUAAUCAUCCAGGUUCUGCAAAACACUUUGAAGGAACAGCCGCGAAUAUCGAGUUCGCCCUCGUUUCUGGAUCAAUCAACCGAUACCUAUGCCACCCUGAUACCCGAGGAUCAAUUAUUAACCAUAAAUAUGGCUGAGCAAUUGAUACCCAUCUCCUAUCGACCGGAAUUCAUUCAAAAGACCGUCAAGUGCAUGAAGGAGUAUAACUAUCUCGCUUGUUUCAAGUAUUCGGCCUGGCCUACGGUUAGGCAUUUCAUUCCUACUCUUCCAGACAUUUUUAGUCUCAUGCCAGAGUUUCAAGGUCCGGGAUUGUCGGAUAUUGGUAGCUACGUUCCAGAACUCUCGGCAUAUUCGGAUCUGAAUUUCUACUGGCCAAUUGGCGGAGCUUCCAUUCAGAAGGAAGAAACUGCACCAGCGUACUUCUCCUUAAAGAACCCAGGAAAUUUAUUGCAAACCUCUGACGAAUUGGAGAUUCAAAUCCUAGAGAUCUUAAUAAAGGUACGAAAUUCCAUUGACAAGUUCAACGACAUAUCGUCGUUUAUUCUGACAGGCAAUGGUCUAACAUUCAGCGAAAGGCAAAUAGAUAUUUUACGAUUGGCGGAAUGUUUCGUCCCGCCUUCUUCUCGGCCACUUUUCAUCGCAGAAAUCCUGUCUUAUCUUCGGAAGAACGAUAACUUCAUUGACUGUGCCAGGUACGUAAUAUGGCCAACUAUUGCUACGUACGUGCCGAGUUUACCCGAAUUUCCGCAACAAGAACUCGCGAAGGAACGGAUAGACUUGACAAAUAUACAAGGAUCGACGGAGACAAAGGAAAGUGGCAUAAACUCUAGAGAUAUGGUACAAGAACGAGUGGUUCCAGAUAUCGAGAAGGAAAAGAAAGCGAGCACUUCCUUCCGAGAUAAGGAAUCCCGAAACAGGGUACCUAACAUGCCAGUAAUCAGUGUAUCAGGCACUCGAUUCGUCCCGAUAUUCACCGAGCAUCCGGAAUCCGUGAUUCUUAAUAUUCUUCGAUCAGUCCAGUUACAAUCUCUGAAACCUAGCUCGGGAACUACCUACUCGACGACUAAAAAUCAACAAUUUCUCGAUUUGCUCACCACGCAACAGCAGUAUAUAGUAAACAUCGUGGACAGCUUGCUUCCUCAGACUGUUCGAAACCAAUUUACCGAUAAACUGAUCGAAUGUCUUCGCACGAACAAUUUUUUAAUAUGCAGUAGAGAUAUUAUCUGGCCGCAACUGACGGAAUAUUUCCCUUGGUUGCCCAGUUUUCCGAAUUUCGGUAUCAUAACCGGCACGAACAGCAGUAAUCCAUUAUCGCCGACUUCCAAUCAGAAUUUGACAGAGCCUAGUACUAGUUCGGACGUUCCAGCUCUUUCAGAAACCGACGUGAAGACGAGGCAACACGGGGACACUACGGUAACUAUAACCGACACGAGAUUUUUCCCAAUUUACAACGAGCUACCCGAGACAAUCAUAUUGAAUAUCUUGAGAGCAGUUCAACUCUCCAUCCCGAACUUACCUGGUUCUCCAGUUCUAGCAAGGACGCAAGAGUUUUCGCCGUAUUUAACGGAACAUCAAAUUAAUAUCAUACAGAUCGCAGAGAAUUUACUGCCGAUUCCGUCACGAUCCGAAUUCAUCGGCAAGAUCGGUUCCUGCAUCAAAGACAGAAACUUCUUGGACUGCACCAGGGACAUAACGUGGCCGACAAUUGCUCGGUCUUAUCCAUGGCUACCCAGUUUCCCAAAUUUUGGCACCCUUCGGAACUUGCCUCAGGUGUCAGGCUCCAGCUCCAUCAGAUUCCAAGUUUUCCUCUCCGAAGAACCUUCUGCGCCCAAUCUGGAAGCUCAGGCAUCUAAAGCUAAUUUGAAUAAGCAGGCAGAAGCUAUGAAGCUGGCGGAAGAGAAAAUAGAAACUAUCUUACUGGGCAUCGUGAGCAAAACUCCGGAGGUGGAACAAUCGUAUCUGAACAUCUCCAAUCCUGUUGUCUCUAUUCUAAGCAAGAGACAAAUAAAUAUCGUGAAACUGGUGGAAAGAGGAAUACCAAGCACGGAUAGAUCAUCGUACAUGACAAGAAUGCUGGAUUGCGUGACGCGUUACAAUUUCAUAGCCUGCACCAAUAGCAUCAGUUGGCCCAUUUUGAAGCGGUAUACUUCCUUAUUGCCCGAUUUUUCAAUCAUCAGUAACUUGUUUUCUCAACUGCCCAGCGUUCUCCAGAUUCCCGACGUCGGACAAAUCCCUGCUAUUUCAGAUCUUGGUUCCAUUACGAAUAAUAUUCCAGGUAUUUCCCAAAUAUCAGGAAUUUCGCAAAUAUCGGCUGAUAUUUCUCUGCCAGCUGAACUCGCCAAACCGUCGUUGCAACUAGGUGGGCUUGUAGGAUCGAAAUCCAAGAGUGUACAAAAUGUUCCACAACCAGGAGUGCAAGAGAACAAGUUAAAAGAAAAUUCAACAAUUACACCGUCAGUAGGUAACGAAAGAAACGUCUCAGGAUACGCAGGGCAACCGACAAGUAUCCCCAUAAAUACCUCGUACGAAAAAGUCUAUUUACCUGGUACUGUUCGGCAACAGGCGAAAACGAAAGAUGCGACAUCUUCAUCGGACAUUAAGAUUAGAAAACGUAGAAGCACUAUAGACGUUCUCGAUUCUUAUUACAAUAGAGAAGAUAGGGAAGAUAGAUUUACAACCUCGACACCCUCACCCCUAACGUUUCCAAACAUCACUGAAUCCGAGUAUCUUCAGCUGUUGAUCAGAAUUAAAGAAAACGUGAGAUUGUCCAGCACCAGUCCUUCGAAAUCGAAAGAGUAUCUCGUCGAUACGUUGAAUUCUACAAUGAAAAAUUCUUUAACAGCUGACCAGUACGAAAUUCUGAAGGUUAUCGAUGACUUGGACAACCGGCAAUCAUCGGGCAAGGGACUUGCAUCGCAAGUCAUACAAUGCAUCGUGAGUCUUAGUUUCAUCAGAUGCUUGGGCAUCUUCAUUUGGCCCCUUAUUACCAGCAAUCUACCCUCUCUGAUUGGCUUACCGUCUAUUCCAAGUUUCGGCAUCCUAGGACGUUCGUUGGAUACGGAGAGUGAAGUGAAGGAAAUUUUCGGAAUGUCCACGAGUGACUUCGAGACGGAGCUGCUUGAAAGAAAGGAAUCGAUCGAAAGUAUUUUGCUGGACUGGUACAGAAAGCUGGUCGAAGACAAGUUUCAGACGGAUGUAGGAUUUUUUAAGAUAAAAGGGUAUGGAAACAAUGAAUUGGGAAUUAGUUUCUCUGGUUACAGAGAAGGUAGGGGGGCAAAGCUCAAGGACAAUAAAAAUCUUCCCAGUAUAUUAACGAUAAUAAGCGACAUAAUGGAAGAAGUCUUAGAUCAACGGCCGGAAAGUGAAAAGCUGAAAAAGGAAAAGGAAAAGAAAGAAAGGAGUAUAGAUGAUUCGAGGGAAAGCGACAUCCAGUUUUUGAAAGACAGCGAGGAAUACGUCGACAUCAAGAGAUCGAUGAACGACGACGAGAUUAUUACGAUGUUCCUCGAUAAGAUCAAGUCGAACGACUCCGAGGUAGACAAAGAAGAUACGAAGUAUUUCAGUUCCGAGGACGCGUAUAACGCUUUCGGAGUCCUGUUUGGCACGAAAUUGCACGAUAAACUUGCCAACGAAGCAGAAUCUUUCGAUGCGCCGUUCGAAUCCUUCGAAAAGGAAAGAAACAGUCCAAUCGAGCCGAUCAAAGAAGUAGACAUUGUAUCUUUAGAGUCGCAGAAAGAUUCUGACGAGUUGAAGGUUCUACCGAUGAAGGGUCAAGUGGUCUACGAUUUCGAGAAAGAGUCUUCGGAAGAUCAAGAGGAGAGGCAAAGGCAGAAACGAGCAAAGAACGUUUUUAAAUCUUUUUUAGAGAAGUACUCCGACAGACGGUUAAAGGACGGCAACGUAGACAGUUUCGAAGACACCGAAGACAAUAAGAUCGUGGAGGAUCAGUAUAAAAAAGACACGAGGUCGGGCUUGAUCGUUCAGUUGCCACGUCUACGCGACGAAGUGGUGUCGAAAAAGAUGACCAACUCGAUGGUGUACGCAGGCAAAGCUUUCAAAACGAAGAUGACGCAGAUGAUGCCAGGAUUCGGGCUGGUCUUGUCAUUCUUGCUUCAAAUCGCUUUGGCUCAUGCACGCGCAGCUGCAUCGAUGGCUGGAGUGAUUAGUAACAUGGCCCUGGGGUCAGCCAUGUUCGGAAUGAUACGAGAUUCUUUCUUUGGAUCGAACAGUCAUCCGAAAAUUAAGUACGUUUACGAUAACGAUAAAACCGGGCCAGGAAUUUCCUGGCCUACUCGGUACGAAUCCGAUUCUCAUUAUUACGGAUAG